AUGGCUUCCCAUCUGAUUCGGUAUAUAUUAGUAAUUCUAUUCAUAGUAAAGAUUAUGAGACUGGCAAGUUUUUUCUUAUAAAUAAUGUGAAUGGUGCAACAUAAUAGAUUACAAAAACAGGGGAUUUCAUUAAAAAAUUUAGUUUAGAUUAUACUGGCAAACAAGGAUUCAAAAGUAGAAUUCAAUAACCAGAUCCAUGUCAUUAUCCAUGCAGCAUAGAAUCAUUAUCUUAAUUUCCUCCAUUUUAUAUACCUCAACCAGACAAAUUUGAUGGUUAUGCAUAAUUGCCUCGUACUUUACAAAAACCUUUUUAUAAUAAUAAUAUAAGGUAGAGAUCUGAUGCUACAAUUGAAAGUGCAAUAGAAUUAGUAAAAUAACAAUCCUUUAAUAAUAAAUAUUAAAUAGAUAAACCUAUUAAACAUAUAACAGGAACUCUAAAUGAUUUUAAUUUUGUAUAAACUUUGAAGAAAAUUAAAGUACUUGAACAUCGAAAAAGCACAAAACAAAGAAAUUUUACUAAUCAUAUUAAUAGUGUUAAAGUGAUAAAUAAAGAAGAAAUCCAAGCACCAAAUCUUACAUUACUUAGAAGGAGCAGAAUUAAAUCUUAAUUAUUACCUAAAACUCUACCUUUUUGUAACAACAAUUCUAGAGAACCCUCUGAAAUUAGAAAUAUUGUUCCUAUGGAAGAUAAAGAAAUAAAAAGUAUUCAUCAAUUCCAAUAAUAUUAAUCUGAACACAAGGAAUGUGAAGUUAUGUAUGAGUCUAGAACCUUUGUUAAAUCACAAAGUCAAUCUAAAGUGACUAGAAAUGAUUUACAUACUUCUCAUCUUACAUUAAAUCACUUUAGAGAAAAAGUAGAUAUUGCUCAAAAAGAAGAAAAUGCUUACAUUAUUCCAUAAUAAAAGGAAAAACUUUCAAUUUCUUCUAAAGGAAGAUUUAGUGCUGUUAAAACUAAAAGCAAUGGUGAUUAAUAUGUCACAGAUAGAAUAAUAAUGAAAUUAUGUAUUAAUGUUAAAUAUUUUAUUAGUUUAGCCAGACCUAUUUAAAUGA